AUGGUCAUUAUUGCCGUGGCUAAAGUAAAGAACAUGCGGACUCCAACCAAUUUUUGUCUGGUCAACCUCAGCAUGGCCGAUGUUCUGGUUCUCGGAGUGUGUCAAACUUCUGCAUUUCUUGAGUUUUUCGCUGAAGAUAGGUGGCUUCUCGGAAAUGUUUUGUGUCGUGCCAUACCUUUUCUCGAGCUUUUGUUCAUCCAUGCAUCUAUCCUCAUCAUGUUGGGCGUCAGUUUCGGGAGGUACUAUGCUGUGUGUCGCCCCCUACAGAGUUAUUCUACAUGUGGCCGAAGUCGAACGCUCGUCAUGAUGGCGUGCAUGUGGGGAGUGGCAGCACUUUUUGCUAUCCCGAUGAUCGUCAUUGCCCAUGUGGAGACGGCAACAUUUCACCGGGACGCCUCAAUAAUCCAGGUGUGUCGAGCACACAUCUUUCUUACCUGGCACUAUGCUUACGUUAUCUGCAUCUUCUGUGUGUUUUUCGUAAUUCCCUUCUUUGUCAUGCUGUUUAUAUACAGCAGUAUCAUCCGUGGCGUACUAAAAGAAUCAGCACACAUCGAGGAAAACUCGAAUUCAAAGAGCUUCCGACGUACCUCCUUGCGGAACCAGAGACAAAUCGUGGGUAUGCUGUUCGUCAUUGUAGUGGUGUUCUUCCUGUGUACUCUGCCGUUACGGAUUGUUAUUUUCUGGUUUGCAUUCACAGACACAAAACACAUUCAAAACCUCGGUCUAGAAGGCUAUCUCAACUUGGUAUGGUGUGGUCGCAUUUUUCAGUACCUUAACAGUGCAAUUAAUCCGUUUAUAUACAGUGCUUUCUCCUCGAAGUUUCGCUGGGCGUUUAAAUACAUUCUUGGUUUGAAAAAAAAGGAAGAGUUUUCAUGGUCAAGGACAAGUCAACGCACGUUUGCUUCAACACAUUACAGCUUCAUGAAACAAAACAAACAACGGGAACAGAAAGAACAAUAUAUGUAAUUUCAUAUGUAGUGUCCCGUAUGCUAUUCAUGUGUAUAUGUCCCGUUUAGCACUGUACCUUCGUGUUUUCCGUUUGACACCGCCUGUGGUACAUUAAUGUGAUGUUACAUGUAGCUCUGCAUCUUCGUGUUAACUUGUUUUUCGUGAGACAGCACCUGGUGUAGGAGCCGUUUUUCGCCCUCUAACUUUGUGUUUUCUGUAUGUCACACCUAUUGUGUCUUUUUUGAUUUGUGUUCCCGUAUGUAUCGUAUGCCACCAUUUGUUGUAGGUGUCGCGUGAAGCUGUUAGUGUAUAGUCUUGUUGUAAUAACUUGUUAUCAGUUUUCCGUUUCAUGAGACAUCAAUACAAGUUUCCUCAAUUAACUUCAGUUUCUCCAUAUUUAAAGCACCACCAAAGCUAAGGACAUAUUUUAACUGAAGCUAGGGAACAUUCGUGAUACCAAUGUCUGUAAAUGGCAAUCUUGACACGAUCUAAAAGAUCCAUGUGACGGUAUAACCUUUAAACUUUUGCCUGUGCUUUGUCAGUAUUCCGACAUUUCCUGAUCAGUAACAGUAUACAUAUAUAUAAGCUUGCGUUUUGUUAUCGUUUAAAAAAAUAUUGUUGAAAUCAACUGCUUAACAAUAUAUCAUAUACAUCACUGAAGAUUCCUACGAUAGUGAACAUCAUAACACAAUGCUAUUGUGUUUAUGAUAAUCAUGCAAAUACAAGUCCGUUGAGAUACCCGACAGCUGUUGAUUGAGAUGUAUUAUGUGACCUUAACAUGUGAUCAUACAUGA